AAACUGAAAUCUCAUCACGAUUUCGCUUUCUUACCUCGAACGCCGAACAGAAGCCUCGUCUCUCUCUGAUCUUCCUCUUUCUCUUCCCCUUUUGUUUUAGAUAGAAACAAUGGAUAAGGCGAUCAAUCGACAGCAAAUUUUGUUGCAACACCUCAAUCCUUCACUUACUUCUUCGUCCGAACAGAAUUACAACCCUGCUCUAUCUGCAUCGGUUUGUUUGGCUGGAGAUAGCGCUUCUUAUCAACGAACUAAUUUAUUUGGAGAUGACGUGGUUAUAGUAGCAGCUUAUAGGACUGCCCUCUGCAAAUCAAAGCGAGGUGGUUUCAAAGAUACUUAUCCUGAUGAUUUACUUGCACCUGUUUUAAGGGUUUUGAUAGAGAAAACAAACUUGAAUCCGAGUGAAGUUGGGGAUAUUGUUGUUGGAACAGUCUUGGCACCAGGAUCUCAACGGGCCAGUGAGUGCAGGAUGGCUGCUUUCUAUGCCGGCUUCCCUGAAACUGUGCCUGUUAGAACUGUGAACAGGCAAUGCUCAUCUGGGCUUCAGGCGGUUGCUGAUGUAGCCGCUGCAAUAAAAGCAGGGUUUUAUGACAUUGGCAUUGGGGCUGGGUUGGAAUCCAUGACCUCUAAUCCAAUGGCUUGGGAAGGAUCAGUUAACCCAAGGGCGAAGCAGAUGGAGCAAGCUCAGAAUUGUCUCCUUCCAAUGGGUGUUACAUCGGAGAAUGUUGCUCAUCGCUUUGGUGUGACAAGGCAGGAGCAAGAUCAGGCUGCUGCUGAAUCACACAGGAAAGCAGCAGCUGCUACAGCUUCUGGUAAAUUUAAAGAUGAAAUAAUCCCUGUGAAAACCAAGAUUGUUGAUCCAAAGACUGGGGACGAGAAACCUGUCACAAUCUCUGUUGAUGAUGGUAUCCGACAUAACACUUCAGUGUCAGAUCUGGCAAAACUAAAGCCUGUAUUCAAGAAAGAUGGGAGCACCACUGCUGGAAAUUCUAGUCAAGUGAGUGACGGUGCUGGGGCUGUUUUGCUCAUGAAAAGAAGUGUUGCCAUGCAGAAAGGGCUGCCAAUUCUUGGUGUAUUCAGGACUUUUUCUGCGGUUGGUGUGGAUCCGGCUAUCAUGGGUGUUGGCCCAGCUGUGGCAAUUCCAGCAGCAGUUAAAGCUGCUGGUCUCGAACUUGAUGAUAUUGAUCUUUUUGAGAUAAAUGAGGCAUUUGCAUCUCAGUUUGUAUACUGCCGCAAGAAGCUGGAACUAGAUCCGCUAAAGAUUAAUGUUAAUGGAGGUGCAAUGGCAAUUGGGCAUCCAUUGGGUGCAACAGGUGCUCGUUGUGUUGCUACACUUUUGCACGAAAUGAAGCGGCGUGGCAAAGACUGCCGCUUUGGCGUGAUCUCAAUGUGCAUAGGCACUGGGAUGGGGGCAGCAGCUGUUUUCGAGAGAGGUGAUAGAACGGAUGAGCUUUGCAAUGCUCGGAAAAUUGAUAGUAACAACCUCUUAUCCAAGGAUGCCCGUUAGAUUGGUGUGACAUUCAUUCUAAAUUGUGGUGCGAACUUUGAAUAAAAGAGUGUAAUAAGCGCCGCUAUAUCCACUUCCUCUUGAGAA